UUCAUGGCCGCUCGAGCCCCGUCUCGUUACCGAGGCCGCGGCGCCGCUGCUCGCGUGCCUGUCCCGGGGACGGCGGAGCGGACGGUCCGCGAGCCGGCACGCGGCCCGCUCACCGUCCGGUCGGUGCCGCCGUCGGUCCGCAGGUGUAACGGAGAGAGAGCUGGACGGGCAGCGGGGACACGCCAUUUUGUGAGAGCAGCAGCAGGCCGAGCUGUCCGCCAUUUAACGUUACUCCGACACAAACAGGCCGUCCGCCAUUUAACGUCAGCACUAACAGACACGUUACACAUCGGCAGGUCCACGGUCCGGUAACUGUGGUUACACCCGGCCCGCUGCCAGCACCGGGAGGCCGGUACCGGUCCCAAUGAUCAAGUUAACGUUAAUGUUUGACCAUGUUAGCUCCCUACAGGCUAACGGCAGCCUCACCGGUGACCCAGCCACCGGGACACCGUCUCCGUUACACCGGCCGAGCCUCAGUUACCCCGCUGUCUUCCCUCACAUACACCAGAACCUCGGUUACAGCCGAACGGGUCGGUCCGGGUUUAGCGUUAGCUCUGCUACACAGAGUUAGCGUCGCAGCUGCUAGCCCGGUGGCCUAACGGCAACCCGCUUUAGUCCGGUUCAGAUGAACUACAGUCGGAGGAGAACGGGACUGGGUGUCCGGUACAGGUCCGCGUGCGGGUUCGGAUCCGGACUCCAUGGGUUUAAUGGUAAAUAAAGCAAAGUGUGCUCUAUGCUAACAGCUAGCCUAGCUGCUGUCUGUUCGCUCAGAUAGUUGCACGGUGACGCGUGCACACGCUCUGGCGCGCGUGUCCGCGGUACGAGAGGUACAUGAACUGUUGGGGCCAGAGACCAGGGGGGACGGGCUGCACCAUCCUUAGAUCUGGGACCAGAGACCAGGGGGACGGGCUGCACCAGCCUUAGAUCUGGGACCAGAGACGGGGGGACAGUUACAGGUGUGCAACCUGGGUGACAUCAUAAGUUCAAGGUACCACAUAUCCGCCAGAAUACUGCGUUAAAGGCUCCAGAUGUGAUGUGCAGUACUCGCAGUAUGCGUUAGAAAGUACCAGCUGUGUAAACGGAUCCGGUUUAUGCUGACUCCAGAACCCCAGCUAGCUGAGCGUCUGUUGAAGCGCCCGCUGGGAUGAGCUCAUGGCGUCGUGUCCCCGGUGCCCACCGAUGAAGGCAGUGACGAGUAGAAGUACAACCGGCGGGGAAAACACUUAUUCUGGGGCAAAGAUGGCGGAGACGGUAAAGUACGUGGACGAUGAACACAAGAGCAUCUUCCUGAAGCUGCUGAACGAGCAGCGGCUGGAGGGCGAGCACUGCGACAUCGCCGUCGUGGUAGAGGACGUCAAGUUCCGAGCUCACCGCUGCGUGCUCGCCGCCUGCUCCAACUACUUCAAGAAACUCUUCAAAAAACACGAGGUCGACAACUCCUCUGUGAUUGAGAUCGACUUCAUCCGUUCUGAUAUCUUCGAGGAGGUGUUGAACUACAUGUACACUGCAAAGAUCUCUGUCAAGAAGAGGGACGUCAACCUGAUGAUGUCAUCAGGACAGAUCCUCGGCAUCCGCUUCCUCGACAAACUCUGCUCUCAGAAACGAGACGUGUCUUCAGAGGACAAAGAGAAGUUUCCCUAUGACAUCGUGAAGAUGGCCCUGCCUCCAGAGGCUCAGCUGGCUGCGGACGCCGAGGUCCUCGGGGAGCACGACGACACGCACACCACUGACGACCUUGUCGAGGCGUCGGCCAAUCAGGAGCUAGAUAAGUCUCCCAGUGCGGCGCUGCGUGUCCAGGAAGCCAUCCUGAAAGAACUGACCAAUGAGGAUGUUCAUAAGGUGACCUGCUACGACCAGGAUGUGGUGACAGAUAUGGAGGCGGAGCCUAAAGAGCUGGGGGCGGAGCACCACGCCACCCAGACACUGACGUUUGCAGACAGUAUGGGGGAGGUGAAGGACGAGCAGCCGCCCGGCUGGUCCACGGCUACGACCGACAUGAAGUUUGAAUACCUGCUGUACGGACACCGGGAGCAGCUCGCCUGCCAGGUGUGUGGGAAGACCUUCCUGGACGAGAGCAGACUCAGGAAACACGAGAAGCUUCACUCAGCAGAGCGGCCGUUCGCCUGUGAGAUCUGCACCAAAGCUUUCACCACCCACGCUCACCUCAAAGAACACCUGAAGAUCCACACAGGCUUCAAACCCUACAGGUGUGAAGUCUGUGGGAAGUCGUUCAUUCGAGCUCCAGACCUGAAAAAACACGAACGGGUUCACAGCAACGAGAGGCCGUUCAGUUGCCAGAUGUGUGAAAAGGCAUUUAAACACAAGUCUCACCUGAAGGAUCAUGAGAGAAGACAUCGAGGAGAGAAACCGUUCGUCUGCCCAUCCUGCACCAAGGCCUUCGCCAAGGCGUCGGAUCUGAAGCGUCAUGAGAACAACAUGCACAGCGAGAGGAAACAGCUGAAUCCUCUGCAGAGCGACACAGAGACACUGCAGGCUGCCGCCAUGGCUGCUGAGGAGCAACAUCUGGACAGCAUCAGCUGCUCCUAACAGCCGCUGUGGAGCAACAUCUGGACAGCGUCGGCUGCUCCCAACAGCUGUGGAGCAACAUCUGGACAGCGUCGGCUGCUCCCAACAGCUGUGGAGCAACAUCUGCUGCUCCCAACAGCCGCUGCUGAGGAGCAACAUCUGGACAGCGUCGGCUGCUCCCAACAGCCGCUGCUGAGGAGCAACAUCUGGACAGCGUCGGCUGCUCCCAACAGCCGCUGCUGAGGAGCAACAUCUGGACAGCGUCGGCUGCUCCCAACAGCCGCUGCUGAGGAGCAACAUCUGGACAGCGUCGGCUGCUCCCAACAGCCGCUGCUGAGGAGCAACAUCUGGACAGCGUCGGCUGCUCCCAACAGCCGCUGCUGAGGAGCAACAUCUGGACCGCGUCGGCUGCUCCCAACAGCCGCUGCUGAGGAGCAACAUCUGGACCGCGUCGGCUGCUCCCAACAGCCGCUGCUGAGGAGCAACAUCUGGACCGCGUCGGCUGCUCCCAACAGCCGCUGCUGAGGAGCAACAUCUGGACAGCGUCGGCUGCUCCCAACAGCCGCUGCUGAGGAGCAACAUCUGGACAGCGUCGGCUGCUCCUAACAGCCGCUGUGGAGCAACAUCUGGACAGCGUCGGCUGCUCCCAACAGCCGCUGCUGAGGAGCAACAUCUGGACAGCGUCGGCUGCUCCUAACAGCCGCUGUGGAGCAACAUCUGGACAGCGUCGGCUGCUCCCAACAGCUGUGGAGCAACAUCUGCUGCUCCCAACAGCCGCUGCUGAGGAGCAACAUCUGGACCGCGUCGGCUGCUCCCAACAGCCGCUGCUGAGGAGCAACAUCUGGACCGCGUCGGCUGCUCCCAACAGCUGUGGAGCAACAUCUGGACAGCGUCGGCUGCUCCCAACAGCUGUGGAGCAACAUCUGCUGCUCCCAACAGCCGCUGCUGAGGAGCAACAUCUGGACCGCGUCGGCUGCUCCCAACAGCCGCUGCUGAGGAGCAACAUCUGGACCGCGUCGACUGCUCCCAACAGCCGCUGCUGAGGAGCAACAUCUGGACCGCGUCGGCUGCUCCCAACAGCCGCUGCUGAGGAGCAACAUCUGGACCGCGUCGGCUGCUCCCAACAGCCGCUGCUGAGGAGCAACAUCUGGACAGCGUCGGCUGCUCCCAACAGCCGCUGCUGAGGAGCAACAUCUGGACCGCGUCGACUGCUCCCAACAGCCGCUGCUGAGGAGCAACAUCUGGACCGCGUCGGCUGCUCCCAACAGCCGCUGCUGAGGAGCAACAUCUGGACAGCGUCGGCCCCCGGCCUCUGGGUGGUGUUGUCUGCCCCUAAUCAGUGUAACUGUAUUGCUAACACAUUUCCGUACCUCGGUUCCUUUGUUCUGCAGCCGCGUCGUACUGACGUUCUGUGUUUGUAGAAUUUUUUUUUCUGCUGAAUCAUUCAACAUGAACUGAUGACCUCAGCGGCCGUGUCGUGACCCCAGCGGCUGUGUGAUCUCUGGCUUCAUGUGUAAUUAUGUCUCUUUGUAAGUGUACAGGAUGUUUUUCAGUCUGAACCAAACUCUGUACAGAAAACGGUCGCUUCUGUUUGUGUUGUUGUAUAAAAACCGUUCUGUUCAGUUCAAUGA